UAAUUUCUCGUUGUUAGGUUUUACCUUACAGUAACUUCUUUAAAAUAUUAUAAGUAUAAUAAAAAAUAUCGUCUUCAGAAAGCAAAGUACAGUGGAAUAAUGAAACAUGGUGAAUGUUAUGAAAGGAGUGCUCGUGGAAUGUGACCCGGCAAUGAAGCAGUUCUUACUCCACUUGGACGAGACAAUCGCGCUUGGCAGAAAAUUUAUCCUACAGGACCUGGACGACACACAUCUAUUCAUUCAAGCAGACAUAGUUGAAACAUUACAAGCUAGAGUAGACGACUUGAUGGACCAAUUAAGUAUUCCUGUUCAUGAUAAAGGAUUGUAA